UUGAUUGGACUGCAGCACUGAGACAACAGACUUACAGACGGACAACAUGUCGGUCCGGUCUGCUGCUGGAGACCCUGAUGAACGGGGGCCUCCUGCAGGGGUCACCCCGGGGCCCCUCUCAACAUACUCUGCUUCAGCGCUGCACGCAGAGGAGAGGAGUUCCACCUUACACAAAGUCCCGACUGUGGUCCUGCGGAUUCCGGUUUUAUCUAAACUGUGUGUCUGCCGCUGCACCUCGCGGUGACGCGCCUUGGGGAAGCCGCGGGGACGCGCAGCGAGUCUCUGCUCCUUUAAGUGAGAGAAGAAACUAUUCCCCCUCCACACCCCCCUCCUCACCGCCCCCCCUCCUCCCCUCACACCCGGACGGCCUGCUCUGAGGGAGGAGGAAGCCGCUCCGCCGGAGCUGCGAUGGGGAUUUGAACGCACCUCCGCGCAGAAGACAGCGCCGCACGGCCCGGCUCGGAGCGGGUUUGGAUGUUAGGUGGGCGGACUGGGCCCGCUGACUGAGCGGUUCGUUGGUGCUCGGAGCUGGAGGCCGGAAGCGGACGGCGUGAGUCCGGGCUGGCGCUGCUGUUGGCGGACUCCCGAGGAGAGCCGAGCGGAGCUGCAGGGACCUGCCGCCGCCGCCGCCGCCGCCGCCGCCGCUGCUGCUGCUGCUGCUGCUGCUGCUCUGUGUGUGUGUGUGUGUGUGUGUGUGUGCGCGUUUGUCUCCGCGGCUGCACUCUGCUACACCCCGGGAUUAAGUGAUUAACGCUCCGGCACCGGGACUUGGAUGUGUGUUUUGCCCCGCAGGAGUCACCUGGAGUCCGGGCGCGCAGACGGGGCCGAUGGCGCAACGGUAUGAAGACCUGGCCCACUACGGGCUGGAGGGUGUAGGUGGGGUGUAUGGAGACCCACACCACCACCACCACCACCAUCACCACCACCACGCAGCCGCCGCCCGCUCUCUGCAGGCCGUGCACCUGGCCGCCGCCGCUGGGUCUUACCCUCCGCACCAGUACGCCCAGUCCACCCACAGCAGCAGCAGCUUGGCCGCCACAGCCGGGGACGCCGUCAAGAGGGACAAAGACGCCAUUUAUGGACAUCCUUUAUUCCCUCUGCUCGCACUGAUUUUUGAAAAAUGUGAACUGGCGACCUGCACGCCGAGAGAGAACGGCAUGGCCGGAGGAGACGUGUGCUCCUCGGACUCCUUCAACGAGGACAUCGCCGUCUUCUCCAAGCAGAUCCGAUCAGAAAAGCCUUUAUUUUCAUCAAACCCAGAGCUGGAUAAUUUGAUGAUCCAGGCAAUACAAGUGCUGCGCUUCCACCUCCUGGAGCUGGAGAAGGUUCAUGAGCUUUGCGAUAACUUCUGCCAUCGAUACAUCAGCUGCCUGAAAGGGAAAAUGCCAAUCGAUCUGGUUAUAGACGACAGAGACGGAAACAAAUCGGACAGCGAGGACUUCAUCAGGUCUUCGGUGAACAACAUGGACCAGAUUUCAUGGAGCAGAGAUCACGACGACGCAACGUCGAUCCGAUCGGCCGGAACGCCGGGGCCGUCCAGCGGUGGACACACGUCUCACAGCGGGGACAACAGCAGCGAACAAGGUGACUGCCUGGAUAACGGCAUGGCGUCUCCCAGCACAGGGGACGACGACGACCCGGACAAAGACAAACUGCACAACAAAAAGAGAGGCAUCUUCCCCAAAGUGGCCACCAACAUCCUGAGAGCCUGGCUGUUCCAGCACCUGACGCACCCGUACCCGUCAGAGGAGCAGAAGAAGCAGCUGGCUCAGGACACGGGCCUCACCAUCCUGCAGGUCAACAACUGGUUCAUCAACGCGAGGCGGCGGAUCGUGCAGCCCAUGAUCGACCAGUCCAACAGAGCAGUGAGCCAGGCAGGCCCGUACGGCCCAGAUGGUCAGCCAAUGGGAGGCUUUGUUAUGGACGGACAGACACACAUGGGAAUCAGACCACCUGCUCCUAUGGGUGGUGUGGGGAUGGGGAUGGGUGUGGACGGACAGUGGCACUACAUGUAGCACCAACACCACCACCCUGCAGCCAGAGGACCGGCCCAGUGUCCCGGGAAACCACCGACUCUAUCAGCGGGUCUGAAGACCUGCAGCAGGUGUGGAGCAAGACCUCCCGUCUCCUCGCCCGUCCUCCCCUCAGCCCCACCCCUCUGGGCACCUGUAUGGCCUGAUAAGUGAACACCUGACAGCACCGGAGACGCUUUGUGAGCACAGCUGGAGCACAGAAACAAAGAGAACGUGGGGACAGAUGGACACCCGGGAAGGAAUCACAAACAGCUCGUGUGUCUUAUCUGACGGACUACGGAAGCCUCGAGCGGACAUUUUGACUCCAGCGCGGCGUCCCUCCCCAGCUCGCCUCCUCUCAUCGCAGCUGAACACAUGAAGCUGAUGUCCGUGUGUCCCCAGACGUUCUUCUCAAACAGGACACGUCUGAUGACAUGAAGCUCUGAGAAACGUCUGGCGGGUCACCUGACCGAGCGCCGUCGAGCGCGGACUCUCCGAGGACGAGAGACGAGUCGUUUCAGGUGUUCUGCUGCUGCCUUUUGCGUAGUGUACUGUGUUUAAGGAAAAGACUGUUUCACUUUCCACACUGUGUGUGUUCUUCUUCUUUCAUGGACUCCUGUCUUCCCUCAAGCCCCACAAAUCUUUGAGUUUGAAAAUAAAAAGUGAAGCCAGUC